UGUCAUGUUCACUGUUUCCACCCGAGGGAGAGCAUGGUGAACCUGCGUGGGUCACAUUGAAUCUGUCAGUUUAUUUUGUUUGAGAUUGUUUGGCAGAUUCACGGUUAAUUCAAAAGGUAACAUGUAUUCGAAGAAAUUCGGGCGCCUGGCUUACGGGCUGGGCACGGAGACCAGGGCGCUUUGUCCGACCAACCUCAAAGGAUCGAACCCCUCCGAUAUCGUAAUGCGUGUCCUAUCCAGUUGGGCAGUUUGUAAACAUCAGAGGCACCAGUUUCUACAGCGUCAGCCCCAUGACAAGAGGGUCAACCAGCCAACUACACUCUCGAAAAUACGGCCUCACGCUUCCAGCAUCCGCCAGGUUUCCCACACCACGUUAGACCCUGCAGAGGUAAAGAAGUUUCAGUCCCUAGCCGACAAGUGGUGGGAUCAGCAAGGGGAGUUUGCGGCGCUGCACUCCAUGAACGACCUGAGAGUGCCUUUCAUUAGGGACAAUCUGUUGAGCAUUCAUGGCAGUCAAAGGCCUGGCAGUCCUUUGGCAGGCCUCAGGAUCAUGGAUGUUGGCUGCGGAGGAGGCCUGCUUUCUGAGCCACUGGGUAGAUUAGGAGCAGACGUUGUGGGCAUUGACCCAGUGGAGGUCAGCGUCCGCACUGCCGAGCUCCACACCUCGUACGACCCAGAGCUGCAGAAGCGCGUGCAGUACCGGGCCUGCACGCUGGAGGAGGUGGCCCAGGAGGAAGAGGGCGAGACGGAGGACUUCCACGCCGUGGUGGCCUCUGAGGUAGUGGAGCACCUGGCGGACCUGGACAUCUUUGCCAGCUGCUGCUACCAGGUGCUCAAGCCAGGGGGCUCCCUCUUCAUCACCACCAUCAGUAAGACCAACCUGUCUUACGCGCUGGGCAUUGUGGCAGCUGAGCAGUUGCUGCGUAUUGUGCCCAGUGGCACGCACGACUGGGAGAAGUUCAUCACCCCCGUGGACCUGGAGCGGCUCCUGGAGUCCACUGGCUUCCAGGUAGAGUCAAUCCGGGGCAUGCUGUUCAACCCGCUGUCUGGAUCCUGGAGCUGGACACAGAGCACAGCCAUCAAUUACGCCCUGCAUGCCGUGAAGCGCUCCGAGGAGCCGCAGCCGGACCGGGCCCGUGCCGAGAGUGAGGAACCAGAUCACAACGAGGCGCUAUCACGAGCAGCCGCCGCUGGACAGACCUGAGUGUGUGUGUGUGUGUGCAUGCGUGUGUGUGUGUGUUGACAUGUGAGUGAAUGUUUCAGAGAGUGACACAUUAUAAAUAUGUCAGACACAACAUAUAUCUGUAGGAAUAAAUGAGAUCGCUCUCUGACACAAUGUGUGUGUGUGUGUGGAGGCAAUGUGAUUGAGAGUGACACUUAUAAACAUAUGUUUAAAUAACUUUAUCAGAGAAUUAUCUCUGGCUGAGAGAGUCUAAAAUGAAUCACUCCUAAUAUUUUCAAAACUACAGGAACUCUCUGAACUGACUUGAUGUGCGUGUGACGUGUGUGUCCAUUGCUUAGAAUGCCGACAUGCCAAUACGGCAAGGCAUCUGCUCUGGUUAACUGAAAUAAAACGGUGUGUUAUUUGGCA